CCAGAGGGAGUGGUAUCAGUGAAAGCAGGAGGACUUUGGCUUCCCAACCAGAGUGCCGGUGUAUGCCUUUGCUACCUCAGAGGUCACGUUUCACAUUCAACGACAAGGUCAUGGCUUCCCCCAGCGUUCUCCUGUCAGAGGUGCAGUUUCAGUGUUGCAUCUGUCAGGAGGUUUUCUCUGAGCCUGUCUCCAUCCCCUGCGGUCACAGCUUCUGUUUCACCUGCAUCACAUCACACUGGGACGACAGCCAUGCUGUCAGCUGUCCCAAAUGUCAGACCGUCUUUGAGGGUCGUCCAGAGCUGUGUGAAAACACCUUUGCGAAGGAAAUGUCAGAGCAGAUCAGAGCGAGAAGGCAGAAUGGCGGGAUGUCAAUUUCAGGGAAAUUUAUAUAUUGCGAUGUGUGUGUGGGAACGCAAACAAAAGCCCUGAAGUCCUGCCUUGUAUGUCUGACCUCUUAUUGUGAGAGUCAUCUGGAGCCACACCUGAGAGUUGCCACCUUAAAGAUUCAUAAGCUGAUUGAACCUGUGGCCAUGCUGGAGAACCGGAUGUGUAAAAGGCACCAAAGGCUCCUGGAGCUGUUCUGCAGGAGUGACCAGAGGUGUGUGUGUGUUCUGUGCACUGAGACCGACCACCGCUGUCACGACACCGUCCCAGUGGAGCGAGAGAGUCAAGAGAAGAAGGCUCAGAUGAAAAGGAUCGAGGCUGAUGUGCAGCAGAUGAUCCUGGAGAGACUGCAGAAAGUGGAGGAGAUCAAACAGUCUGUGGAGCUCAGUAAAGAAAACUCAAAGAGGGACAUAGUGGAAAGCAUGGAGGUCUUCUCUGCUCUGGUUCAGUCCUUGGAGAGACGUCAGGCUGAGCUGGUCGAGGUGAUCCAGAGGAAGCAGGCAGCAGCAGAGCAGAGGGCGGAGAGACUCAUCACAGAGCUGGAGCUGGAAAUCACUGAGCUGGAGAGAAAGAGAACUGAGAUGGAGCAGCUUUCUCACACUGAGGACCACCUCCACCUGCUGCAGAGGUUUCCAGCUCUGAGUUCUCCUCGGUCUGCCAAAGCCUGCUCUGACAUCAUGGUCCACUCAGACACAUGUUUGAGGACUGUGAGGACAGCAGUGGCCAACAUUGAACAGCAGCUGCAAUCAGCUUUGAAAAAGCUUUCCAUUCAAGAGCAUGACAAGAUGCAAAAGUAUGCAGUCGAUGUUCAUCUGGACCCCAGGACAGCCAACCCUUGGCUGGUUCUGUCAGAGGAUGGGAGACAGAUCUGGGAUGGAGAUGUUGAACAGAACCUGGUGGACUUACCAGAGCGUUUCGACAUGGCACCAUGUGUCCUCGCUACCAGGGGUUUCACCACAGGGAGGCACUACUGGGAGGUUGACGUGGGAGACAAAACAGCCUGGGACUUGGGUGUGGCUCGACAGUCAGUCAACAGGAAGGGUGUGGUCACACUGUGUCCAGAGGACGGUUAUUGGACUGUUUGUUUGAGGAAGGGCAGUGAGUACCGGGCAUGUGCAACUCAGGCAGAGAUACUGUGUCUCCCUCAGAGGCCACAGGUUGUUGGGGUGUUUUUGGAUUAUGAGGACGGGACAGUGUCCUUCUAUGAUGCAGAGGCCAAGUCCCACAUCUAUUCUUUUACACAAACCCAGUUCACUGAGGCCAUUUUUCCUUUUUUUAACCCAGAUAUGUGUGACAACGCCAGCAACAAGUCACCACUUAUCAUCCGCCCUGUCAGUGGAGUCAAUGGAGGCGGGGAUUUAGAUGACAUCACAAUAUGAUGUGAAAUGUAUAUUCAGUGUCUGUUUUUAUGUUGUUGUUGUUGUAUUUUAUUUUUAAGAUCACAUAUUGUAGUUUUUUGUUUGUUUAUAAAAAGGCAGGUCAUAGUGCUAUAUAAAUACUAUGAAAGUAUCUUAACCGAUCAAUCCACAGAGAAAUGCACACAACCUGUAUUCAGAAACUCUCAACGAGCUGUCAGGACUUCUAUAAGGUUGUGAUGUCAUAACUUUACUCUAUAGAUGGACAGAUUAAGAGAAAAUUGUCCAAGACAUGUCUUGUCUCAGGAACACACUCUUGCAAGAUCUGGCAACACAGAUAGCAUUAACUUAACCAUUUUAAGCUAACGUAAACUCAGGUUCACAAGCAAAAGUUUUGUAAUGCUCAUGUUUUUUUAAUAUUAAACCAUAUAAACAUGUUUUAAUAGAAACCAAAAUACAAGUAUGAACCUUAAAUUGAGUCCAAUGUGCUCUCUCUAAACCACAUAAAACUGCUCUCUCUGUUGAUAUGAACACUUUUUUUUACACCAUUUGUAAAUCGAUAUGAAUCAGUUGUAAAUUCAUUCAAUUUGUGUUAUAUCCACAACAAUAACUACUUUCACACAUGACUCAUACAUAUCCUGUUUCUGACUCUGCCCCCUCCCUUAAUAAACUGUUGUCUCUGUUGUAUAUGCUUACUUACUUCUCCUCCUUUUUCUUAUCUUCCCUUUGCUCAUGCUCUCUUAAAAAGUAGCACAUUAAGCACAGAUCUUAGACCUGCCUCACUC